AUGCAGACACGGCUAAAGCCGCGGCCGGAUGAGCCCAAGUUGGCCUUGCACCCACCCAGCUGCACCACCCCGCUCUGGGGUGUGUGGGAGAUGUGGUGCGUAUUGCCAGACCCUGCGGGUGGGGCGGUUGGGACUAACGCGGGUGUGCGUGGCAGCGCCGUAAAAGGGGGCGCCUCCCCCAAAGUGAAGGGGAAUAAUGCGACAUGGCUGGAUCAGGUGCGCAGCAUCGGUCUUUUUGAUCACGCUGAGGGUUUCUGGGGGAUUGUCGCGUGCACGUUGCCACCUUCGCAGUUGCCGCCCGGCAUCACUUAUUACAUGCUCCGGCGCAACAUUGCCCCCAUGUGGGAGCAUGAGGCCAACCGACGAGGAGGCCGCUGGGUGGUUCGAUUCCAGCAGCAAAAACACCGUCCGCAACCGAGAGCGGAAAAUGAGGAGGAAGGAGCUGAAGAUCACCCGGCGCGGAUUGACGAGGCCUGGGAAAAGCUGUGCAUCGCGUUGAUUGGAGAACAGUUUCCAUGCCCGGAGACAGAGAUCUGCGGUGUUGCGCUGCGGCGGGUAGAGCGGCGUAGAGAAUGGAAGUUGAGUUUGUGGACACGCACGGCGGCUGACAAUGACACGCAACUGAGCAUUGGCCGCUUUAUGAAAGAGUUGCUGGACUUGGAGGACGGCGCCCUGCAGUACCUCUCUCACCGCGAACUGAUGCAGGCAAGCGAGGAUGGGCGCUGGAAAGUGCCACCCAAAUACGAGUUAUAG